AUGUCCAAGCUUCUGGGAAUAGGAGGGGAAGGAGCUGUUUACGCAGCUAAACCAAGGAAUUGCUAAUAUAAUACAGAUGUUGCCUUGAAACUUUAGUUGAACAUGAAAGAUGCAGAAAUUGCUUUUAUUAAGACAGUGAUGGAAUAUUAAAAUUAAUUUGAUCAUGAUCCCAUUAAAACUUCAGGGAUAAUAACUAUUUACGAGAAAUUUUAGUAUCAAAACUAUCAGGUAUUGAUUAUGGAGCUUGGGGGAUAAAAUCUAUUUGAUUAUAUAAAUACCAAGAAGAAUAUACCAAUUAAUGAGAAAUUCAGAAUUUGUCUUGAUCUUUUCAGACCAAUUUAUUUUCUCCAUUCCAAAAAAUUAUUUCAUAGAGACAUCAAACCAGAGAACUUCAUAAAAGUUAAAGAUCGAUUUAAAUUAAUCGAUUUUGGGCUAACAAAAGGGCUUACUUAAGAUUUGAAUCGAACUAAGGGAAUUGGAACUCUCUUUUACUCAGCUCCAGAACUUAUUGAAUAAAGGAACGAUUACAAUGAGAAAGUAGAUAUUUGGGCUUUGGGAUGUGUGUUUUAUGAGAUAUUUACUGGUGAAACAUUUAUUUAAUCUCAAGUUGAAAAUGAAAUAAGAUAGGAAAUCUUGCAAUUUAAACACAAAAAAGACUCAUACUAUUAAAGAAUUGAUUAAAUUAAUAUCCCUCAAGAAUGUUAAGCGGCUUUAAAGAAGAUGUUGGAACCAAACCCAAAUCAGCGUUUAACUGUCUUUGAGGCCUUGGAUUCUUUUAAUAAAUACCAAGAUUUUUCUCUCCCUUCCUAACAACCACAAAUCCAAAAAGCACAUGUUCUAUAAUCAAAUUUCUAACCCUAAUAAAAAAUUCCAGGAUAAUCCUAAUUUUAAGGACAGAAAUAAUUGCCAUAAUCUCAACAAGGGACUAUUGAAUAAUUUUCUAAAUAAAUCAUAAAAGUGAUUAGUGAAACUAUAACACCUGCUUAAAAUUAAUAGUAGAAACCAACAUCAGAAUAAUCAACCAAAACUUAAAAUAAUAAAAUCGAUAUGGAAUUUAAAAAUGCAGUGUAAGAAAUACACAAGGUUGUUGAAACAUUAAUGAAGACUUUGUAGACAGGGGAGAACAAGAAUAAAGGCAAGGAAGACUUACAAAAAAAGCAGGACCCUAAAUCAGAGGAAAAAGAAGCUGAAAGUCAAAAUGUCCCUUAUACAGCAUUACUAGAAGAGAACUAGAGAUAUUAAUAAAAAAUACAAGAGUUAGAGCGAUUACUUAAUUAACAAGAUAUGUAGUAACAGAAAUCUUAAGUGAUAUUGAAUCUGAAUGAUCCAGAAUAAGAAUUACAACAACAAUAUAGUAAUCAAUCAGAUAUUGAAAGAAAUAACAGUCAGUAGAUCUAAUAAGACUUAGAUGUGUAAUAGACAUAUCAGCAGUGA